AUGAAACUACUCAAGGAACCCGACCUCAUGUCUCCUCAAAACUCCGAGGCACUGAAAAUGUUCGAGGAAGACCGCCCUAGGUUUGACCAAAAGGCUCGGGAAUGGGCUGUUAAGUUCGCAGGUGCCUCUAUUAUUGAGAAUGACUAUGGAGGGUACAGCCGUGAUCUGGUCCAACGAUUUGUUGAUAUGGGAUUCAGGAUAGUGGCUGUAGUAGAGGCAUUUAAAUACGUGGGUAUAGAUCGAAACAAUGGUCUCGAUUAUACUCUCGAGGAAGCCUACGAAGGCGACAUUUUGGCAAAGCUGUACGAUGCCUAG